GGCAAGCGGCUGCCGACCACGGGCAUGAGCCAGACGCGGCGUCCGUUGCUGGACUAAAGCGCGGACAUGAACCUGCACCAGGUGCUGACCGGGGCUGUGAACCCCGGCGACCACUGCUUCUCCGUGGGCAGUGUCGGCGACCAGCGCUUCACGGCUUAUGCAUCUGGAUGUGACAUUGUCAUCCUGGGAAGUGAUUUUGAAAGAUUACAAAUAAUCCCAGGAGCUAAACAUGGAAAUAUUCAAGUGGGAUGUGUAGACUGUUCCGUACAACAAGGCAAGAUUGCAGCAUCCUAUGGAAAUGUUAUCUCUGUUUUUGAACCAGUUAGCCUACCAAAGCAAAAGAAAAAUCUGGAAUUAUACAGCCAGUGGCAGAAAAGUGGCCAAUUUCUUCUGGAAUCAAUAGCACACAAUAUAACUUGGGAUCCUGCAGGUAAGAAUGCAGGCAACCGUCUUUUAACUGGUUCUAGCUGUUUGCAACUCUGGUCCAAUGUUUACUCGGAAAAGCCAACUGAAGAUGAAAAUCCACAUAAAACAGAUCUUAACUUUGGGGAUUGGAGAUGCAUUUGGCAUUGCAAGACUGCUUCCCAAGUUCAUUUAAUGAAAUUUUCACCAGAUGGAGAAUUUUUUGCCACUGCUGGGAAGGACGACUGUCUUUUAAAGGUAUGGUAUAAUAUAGAAAAUUGGCGGACAGCUGUUACCUCUCCAGAUACAAGUUCAGAAAAACAAUCCCAAGGAGAAAUUGACUUUUCUUUUGUAUAUCUGGCCCAUCCUCGAGCUGUAAAUGGAUUUUCCUGGCGUAAAACAAGCAAAUACAUGCCUAGGGCUUCUGUAUGUAAUGUACUGUUGACUUGCUGCAAAGAUAAUGUAUGUCGUCUUUGGGUAGAGACAUUUUUACCAAAUGAUUGCUUGCUAUAUGGAGGUGACUGCAACCAUUGGACUGAACCAAUUAAUUUAAUAAAUAACUUCAAGAGAAAUGCUUCCAGUAAAGAACGAGUUCAAAAUGCUUUAGAUGUAAAUCUGAGACAUUUUUGUAGAGGCCGGAGGAGAUCACUUGCCCUUGUAGCACAUACGGGAUACAUGCCACACCAGCAGGAUCCUCAUCAUGUCCACAGGAACACCUCACUGCAUGCCAAUGCACUCUGCCACUUUCACAUUGCAGCCAGUAUCAACCCAGCCACAGACAUUCCACUUCUUCCUUCUAUUACGUCUCUAAGUCUAAGUGAAAAUGAAGAGAAGAGUGGGCCUUUUGUGGUACACUGGCUAAACAAUAAAGAGUUGCAUUUUACUUUGUCCAUGGAAGUCUUUUUACAACAACUUAGAAAAAGUUUUGACCAUCCAUCUUCUGAAGCCAGUGCAGAAGACUCUAAUCAAGCAGAUGUAAAAUCUGAUGAAGAAACGGAUGAUGGUAUUGAUGAAAAGAAGGAAUUGGGUGGUGAUAAAACGGUACCAAACUCAAGUUUUGUGCCAUUACCAGCAGCUAUCACUAAUCACCAGAUUGAAGUACUUCUGUGUGAAUGGAGUAAAAAUGCAGACAUGCUGUUUAGUAUUCAUCCCAUGGAUGGUUCUUUGCUGGUUUGGCAUGUGGAUUGGCUGGAUGAAUACCAGCCUGGUAUGUUUCGUCAAGUUCAGGUGUCCUUUGUUUCCAGAAUUCCUGUAGCUUUCCCUACAGGUGAUGCAAACUCUCUCUGUAAAAGCAUAGUGAUGUAUGCCUGUACCAAGAACGUUGACUUGGCUAUUCAGCAAGGGAAACAAAAACCCUCAAGCCUCACACGUUCUACAUCAAUGCUUAUCUCUUCUGGUCACAAUAAAUCAACUAAUAGUUUAAAAUUAAGUAUUUUUACUCCAAAUGUUAUGAUGAUUUCAAAGCAUGCUGAUGGCUCUCUGAAUCAGUGGCUGGUCAGUUUUGCUGAGGAAUCUGCUUUUUCUACAGUUCUGAGUAUUUCUCACAAAUCCAGAUAUUGUGGUCAUCGUUUUCAUCUUAAUGAUUUAGCUUGCCACUCAGUAUUACCAUUAUUGCUUACAACAUCGCACCAUAAUGCAUUAAGGACACCAGAUGUUGAUAACGAAAAGCAACUUUAUGAUGCUGUAAAUACUGAAGAAUGUUCUUUGGCACAACAGAAUAAAAGCACCAUUGAUGUGGCAUUUCAGGAUCCUAAUGCAGUUUAUAGUGAGCUUAUUCUUUGGAGGGUUGAUCCAGUUGGACCAUUGUCUUUUUCUGGAGGUGUUUCUGAACUUGCCCGGAUUAAUUCUCUUCAUGUUUCUGCAUUUUCCAAUGUGGCAUGGCUGCCCACUCUUAUACCCAGCUACUGUUUAGGUGCAUACUGCAACUCUCCUAGUGCAUGCUUCGUAGCAAGUGAUGGACAGUAUCUGAGAUUAUAUGAAGCAGUUAUUGAUGCCAAGAAACUUCUAUAUGAGCUUUCCAAUCCUGAAAUUUCUAAAUACGUUGGUGAAGUGUUUAACAUCGUAAGCCAACAGUCAACAGCCAGGCCAGGAUGCAUUAUUGCUUUAGAUCCUAUUACCAAACUUCAAGGCAGAAAAACCCAGCUGCUUCAUGUUUUUCAAGAGGACUUCAUUUUGAAUCAUCUUGAGAAGAAAAGUCUGGGAAGAGAUGUAUCUGAUGCAGGCAACUCACCUAAGGGAUUUUCUGAAAAAUUCUACCUAAUUGUAAUAGAGUGUACCCAAGAUAACCAUUCAUUGUUACACAUGUGGAAUUUACAUUUAAAAUCCAUUCCUGUCUCAUUGGAUGAAAAAGUAGAUACAAAAAUUUCUGAAGCAGUUUGGCAGCUAGAAGAACAUUAUUCUUCUUCUCCAGAGAAGAUCUUAUCUCCUUUUUCACAGAAGUAUCAGGCUUGCAGAGCAAAUCUCCAGAGUACCAGCAAGUUGACACUGUCUUCAGAAAUGGUUUAUAGCCAAGAGUUGCAUUUGCCAGAAGGAGUUGAGAUAAUAAGUGUUAAGCCAUCAGCAGGACAUCUGAGUUCUUCUUCCAUAUAUCCUGUAUGCAGUGCUCCUUAUUUAUUGGCAACUUCAUGCUCAGAUGAGAAAGUAAGGUUCUGGAGAUGCAGAGUAACAGAUGGAGAAUCUGCCACAUCAAAGAAUGGAAAAAUGGAUCUUGUAUAUAUUUGGGAAGAAUGGCCACUACUUAUUGAAGAUGGACUUCAGAGCAGUAGUAGUAUAACUGUACCCGGUAGGCCUGUAGAAGUUAGCUGUGCUCACACGAAUCGCUUAGCAGUAGCAUAUAAGCAGCCUGCAUCUAAUAGUAGAUCUUCUCAGGACUUUGUGAUGCAUGUCAGUAUCUUUGAGUGUGAGUCUACAGGAGGUUCGUGUUGGGUCCUUGAACAGACAGUUCAUUUAGAUGAGUUAAAUACAGUGUUGGAAUCUGGUAUUAGUAUUGAUAGCAAUUUAGUGGCUUAUAAUAAACAAGAGUUAUUUUUAUCCAGUAAAGAGAGUAUCACAUCAAACACAAAGCAUUUAGUUCACUUAGACUGGAUGUCUAGAGAAGAUGGCUCUCAUAUCCUGACUGUAGGAAUUGGAUCAAAACUUUUUAUGUACGGACCUCUGGCUGGCAAGGUACAAGAACAGACUGGUAAGGAAAGCCUGGCAUUUCCUAUCUGGGAGGGUACUAAAGUUGUGCCUCUUUCUAAAUUCGUACUAUUACGAAGAAUGGACUUAGUUUCUUCUGUAGAAGGCUCUCCACCUUUUCCUGUUUCUUUGUCAUGGGUCCGGGAUGGCAUCUUGGUGGUAGGAAUGGAUUGUGAAAUGCAUGUAUAUUCCCAGUGGCAGCCAUCUUCUAAACAAGAGUCUGUUGUAACAGAUUCAUACAGUGGGAGCACUCCGUCUAUAAUAAGUUUAAUAAAGCAGAGUAAUUCAUCAAGUUCUGGAUUACAUCCUCCAAAGAAAACUCUGACUCGAUCCAUGACUAGUCUUGCACAGAAAAUCUGUGGGAAAAAAACUGCAUUUGAUCCUUCUGUGGAUAUAGAAGAUUCAGGUCUUUUUGAAGCAGCUCAUGUUCUUUCCCCAACUUUACCUCAGUACCAUCCCUUGCAGCUUUUGGAACUCAUGGAUCUUGGCAAAGUUCGGAGAGCGAAGGCCAUCUUAUCUCAUCUUGUCAAGUGCAUUGCAGGGGAAGUUGUGGCUCUGAAUGAAGCUGAGUCCAAUCAUGAGCGCCGCCUUAGGUCUCUCACCAUCAGUGCUAGUGGAAGCACCACCAGAGAUCCCCAGGCGUUCAACAAAAGUGAAAAUACAGAUUACACAGAAAUAGAUUCUGUCCCUCCACUUCCUUUGUAUGCCUUACUUGCAGCAGAUGAUGAUAGCUAUUACACAUCUGUGGAGAAAUCUGUUAAUCAGAAUACCUUAAAUAACUCAAACCAGUUGUCAAAAGAAAAUUAUGAUGAGCUUUUUCAGACUUCAGCUUUAAUGACUGACAGUCAUGUGUUAGAGACAGAUGAAGAAAAUACAAAGCCCAGGGUUAUAGACCUUUCACAAUAUAGUCCAACAUACUUUGGUCCUGAGCAUGCUCAGGUUCUUUCUGGCCAUUUACUUCAUUCUAGUUUACCAGGACUCAGCCGGAUGGAGCAGAUGUCAUUGAUGGCCUUAGCAGAUACAAUUGCAACUACCAGCACUGAUAUUGGAGAAAGCAGAGACAGAAGCCAAGGUGGAGAAACUCUUGAUGAAUGUGGAUUAAAAUUUCUUUUGGCUGUUCGACUUCAUACUUUUCUUACAACUUCCCUGCCAGUUUAUCGAGCUCAACUUCUUCACCAAGGCCUGUCUACUAGUCAUUUUGCUUGGGCAUUUCACUCAGUAGCAGAAGAAGAAUUGCUGAACAUGUUGCCAGCAAUGCAGAAAGAUGAUCCUACUUGGUCUGAACUAAGAGCUAUGGGUGUGGGGUGGUGGGUCCGGAAUACCCGCAUCUUACGCAAAUGUAUAGAAAAGGUAGCCAAAGCAGCCUUUUAUAGAAAGAAUGAUCCUUUAGAUGCUGCCAUUUUUUACCUUGCAAUGAAAAAGAAAGCUGUGAUUUGGGGAUUAUAUAGAUCCCAAAAAGAUACCAAGAUGACACAGUUUUUUGGUCACAAUUUUGAGGAUGAUAGAUGGCGUAAAGCAGCCUUAAAGAAUGCUUUUUCUUUGUUAGGCAAACAAAGAUUUGAACAUUCUGCGGCAUUUUUCCUUUUAGCUGGUUGCCUCAGAGAUGCAAUUGAGGUAUGUCUUGAGAAACUGAAUGACAUUCAGUUGGCUCUUGUAAUAGCAAGACUCUAUGAGUCUGAAUUUGAUACAUCUGCAACAUAUAAAUCUAUUUUAUGCAAAAAAAUUUUGGGAAUUGAUUCUCCUGUCAGUGAAUUCAAUUCAUUGCACAUAAAUAUGCAUUAUGAUCCUUUUCUCCGGAGUAUGGCAUAUUGGAUUUUGGAAGAUUACAGUAGUGCUCUGGAAACAUUAAUAAAACAACCUGUCAGAGAGGAUGAUGAUGAAGUUAUGAUGUCAGUGUGUAAUCCUGCGGUUUUUAAUUUCUACAAUUAUCUAAGAACACAUCCACUUUUGCUGAGACGUCAUUUUGGAUCAUCUGAUGCAUUUUCCACACACAUGAGUGUAACAGGAAAAAGUGGACUGGCAGGAACAAUUAGUUUAAGUGAAAGAAGAUUAUUUUUUACUACUGCCAGUGCUCAUUUAAAAGCUGGCUGCCCCAUGUUGGCUUUGGAAGUAUUAUCAAAGAUGCCAAAAGUCAUAAAAAAAACAAAACCUUUUUGUAGGACAUCUAGUUUUCUGGAUACUAGUAAAGUCUGUUCCCCUUCUUCUCCAUUAAAAUUGGAUGCAAGAGAAGAUAAAUCUUCUGCUAUUGAUUGGUCACAAUCCCUGAUGAAUGGUUUUGGAUCUUCUUCAGAGGGUUCCUCAGAGAAGCAGUCAAACUCCACUCUUUCUUUUGACUGGAGCCAACCAAGUGUCGUAUUUCAGGAUGACUCUUUAGAAUUAAAAUGGGAUAGUGACAGUGAUGAAGAAAAUGAGGAUCUCCCUAUUUCAAUGAAAGAACUAAAAUCUUCACAGAGAAAGAAAGGAAAAAAAAUUGAUGAAACAAGUUCUAAUUACACAGAAUCUUUCAGCACAUUAGAUGAAAAGGACAUUUUAAGUCCCUCAGAAGAUACAAUUGCAGUUCAGUUAAAAUUCAGAGCAUGUUUAAAGAUUCUCACAGUAGAACUUCGUACUUUAUCUACUGGCUAUGAAAUAGAUGGUGGAAAAUUGCGUUACCAACUGUACCACUGGCUUGAAAAAGAGGUGGUAGCUCUUCAGAUGACUUGUGACUACUGUUCAGAUGCUGAAAAAUUACAGUCUGCAAUUGGCAAAAAUGGAGAUGAAUUUGAAUUAAGUGAAGAUGCUGAAGAUUUGCUUCGCCAAACAAAAGUGACGCAACUAAGAGAAAAUUUUCAGGAAAAAAGACAGUGGCUUUUGAAAUAUCAGUCACUCUUGAGGAUGUUUCUUAGUUAUUGCAUACUACAUGGAUCCCAUGGUGGGGGUCUUGCAUCUGUGAGAAUGGAAUUGAUUUUGCUUUUAAAAGAAUCUCAGCAGGAAACGUCAGAACCAAUAUUUCCUACCCCUCUGUCAGAGCAAACCUCAGUACCUCUCCUCUUUGCCUGUACAGCCAGUGCCAAAACAGUAGUUGCCAAUCCAUUAUUGCACCUUAGUAAUCUAACACAUGAUAUUCUCCAUGCCAUAAUAAACUUUGACUCACCACCCCAUCCUGAUAUCCAGAGCAAUAAAGUAUAUGUAAUGCAUACUUUAGCAGCCUCACUUUCAGCUUGUAUUUAUCAGUGCCUUUGUGGUAGUCAUAACUACAAUUCAUUUCAGACGAAUCAAUUUACUGGAAUGGUUUAUCAGACAGUACUGCUUCCCCGUCGACAUUCUUUGAAAACAGGAAGCUUAGAUGAAGCAGUAACUCCCAAUACAUCACCAGCUCAAUGGCCAGGAAUAACUUCUCUAAUUCGGCUUUUGAAUUCUUCUGGCGAGGAAGCUCAGUCAGGGCUUACAGUCUUGCUCUGUGAGAUUCUAACAGCAGUGUAUCUUAGUCUCUUCAUCCAUGGCUUGGCAACACAUUCUAGUAAUGAACUAUAUCGGAUUGUGGCCCAUCCUCUAAAUGAAAAAAUGUGGUCUGCUGUAUUCGGUGGAGGUGCACAUGUUCCCAGCAAAGAACAGACACACUCAAAAGCUUUACCUGGAAGGCACUUUGCUAUGCCUAGCCCCCACCAGGUAGUGGUACUCUCCAUGGAAUGUGUGGGCUUUUCCAAAGCUCUUUCAACCGUCUGUUCUCAUAGCCCUCCCAGUCUUGAAGUUUCUUCACUAGUGGAAGAAGGAGGGAAACAAAACAAAAAUUUCAGCCCAUCAAAACAGUCUUGUAGAGAAUCUGCUUCCCUGACCUUUUCUUCACCACCAGUAAACCAGGAGUCAUUGACAGUCAAAGAGAAGUUCAUCCCACCUGAGCUCAGUAUCUGGGACUAUUUCAUAGCCAAGCCUUUUCUACCUCCUUCUCAAAGCAGAGCAGAAUAUGAUUCAGAGGAGAGUCUGGAAAGUGAUGAUGAUGAUGAUGAUGAUGAUGAUAAUGAUGACAAUGAUGUUUUAACCUCAGAUUCUCACCUCCAGGAGCAUUCUAAUUCAAAUUCAUAUAGUUGGUCAUUGAUGCGCUUGGCAAUGGUGCAGUUGGUUCUCAACAAUUUGAAGACUUUCUAUCCCUUCGCAGGUCAUGAUCUUGCAGAGCUUCCAGUUAGUUCACCACUUUGUCAUGCAGUUCUAAAAACUCUUCAGUGUUGGGAACAAGUUCUUCUCCGACGACUUGAAAUCCAUGGUGGGCCACCUCAGAACUAUAUUGCAAGUCAUACCUCUGAAGAAAGUUUGUCUGCAGGUCCUGCAAUUCUCCGCCACAAAGCUUUGUUGGAACCUGCAAACACUCCUUUCAAAUCCAGACACCAUCUGGCACUGUCUGUGAAGAGACUUUGGCAGUACCUGGUGAAGCAGGAAGAAAUUCAGGAGACCUUCAUCAGAAAUAUAUUCACAAAGAAAAGGUGUCUAAAUGAGUCAUUAGAGGACAACUGUGAAACCAUCAAAAAUUCUAUGAUGGAGGAACCAAACAUCAAUAAGAUAGAAGCAGAUUUGGGUUAUCCUGGAGGUAAAGCAAGAAUUAUUCAUAAGGAAUCUGAUAUCAUUACUGCAUUUGCUGUUAAUAAAGCAAAUAGAAACUGCAUAGCAAUUGCAUCAAGCCAUGAUGUUCAAGAAUUGGAUGUUUCUGGAAUUCUGGCUACACAGACCUAUACUUGGGUAGAUGAUGAUAUAGAAAUGGAAACCAAAGGGUUGGAGGAUUUCUUGGUAAUACAUGCUCAUGAUGAUUUAACAGCUGUGCAAGGUACAACUCCAUACACACACAGCAAUCCUGGCACUCCAAUCAAUAUGCCAUGGCUUGGCAGUACACAGACUGGCAGAGGAGCCUCUGUGAUGAUUAAGAAAGCCAUUAAUAAUGUCAGAAGAAUGACUUCUCAUCCAAUUCUUCCUUACUAUCUGACAGGAGCUCAAGAUGGAAGUGUCAGAAUGUUCGAAUGGGGCCAUUCUCAACAAAUAACUUGUUUCCGAUCUGGGGGCAAUUCAAGAGUUACAAGAAUGAGGUUUAACUAUCAGGGAAAUAAGUUUGGAAUAGUUGAUGCUGAUGGAUAUUUAAGUUUGUAUCAAACAAACUGGAAGUGUUGUCCAGUUACUGGAAGCAUGCCUAAGCCAUACCUGACUUGGCAGUGUCAUAACAAAACAGCCAAUGAUUUUGUCUUCGUUAGUUCAUCCUCUCUGAUAGCUACAGCUGGUCUUUCAACUGACAACAGAAAUAUAUGUUUGUGGGAUACACUUGUAGCACCUGCCAAUAGUUUAGUCCAUGCUUUUACUUGCCAUGACAGUGGAGCCACUGUUUUAGCGUAUGCUCCAAAACAUCAGCUACUAUUAUCAGGUGGCAGAAAAGGCUUUACAUGUGUAUUUGACCUUCGGCAACGACAGCAGAGGCAGCUUUUCCAGAGCCAUGAUUCUCCUGUUAAAGCUGUUGCUAUUGAUCCAACUGAAGAGUACUUUGUUACAGGAUCUGCUGAAGGCAACAUAAAGAUUUGGAGUCUUUCUACAUUUAGUCUUCUCCACACUUUUAUCAAUGAACAUGCUCGACAGUCAAUUUUCAGAAAUAUCGGAACUGGAGUGAUGCAAAUUGAGACAGGGCCAGCAAAUCAUAUUUUUUCAUGUGGAGCUGAUGGAACAAUGAAAAUGAGAAUACUACCAGAUCAGUUCAGCCCACUAAAUGAAGUGUUGAAAAAUGAUGUGAAAUUUAUGCUGUAACAUUUUGACAAUAAGAUGUAUAAUUUAUUACCUAUUCCAUGAUAACCAACACAUGUAAUGUACAGUGAGCACUCUCUAUGCCACAAAUAAGCUAAUGCUUUCUUAUUUUCAUAUUUAUUUUAUGGAGCUUUGCCCUUGAUGCACUGAUGCCUUAAAAAUUAACAAGUUUAUUCAGAAUUAGACUACAUUGCCUAAAGUAGAAUGUGUAAGUAAUGCUAUAAUAAUACAUAUUUAUAGUAUGUUAUAGUGAGUAUGUUAUAGUGUUCAAGGAGUCUUGUUUUCAUACUGUUGUCAAACACUGCUGCAGGUAUCUCUGCAUGAAUUUCUUUUACAGUAACAAUACCAGUUGUGUAAGGUUACACAUCAGUCAUCACUUAAUUCACCACAUCUCACUUCCUUUGUCAAACUUCCUUUCUCAAACUCUUCUUCUCUUAAUUAAUGAUAGAUUGAUAUUUGGGUAAAAAUUUUUUAAAUUAACAUCUUCAUUAAAACUGUCAUUGGGACAUCAGUGAUAAAUGAGCCACAUGGCUUAUUAUGCAGUUUUCAUCAAUCUCCCCUCUGGAGUCCAAGUGUGUGUGUAUAUAUGUAAAAUAUCUUGCACAUCUCAUUUGAAGUUAGUUUGUGUAUAUAUGAGAGAAAACAUCAAGUCUUUUUAGAUGUUUUUUGUGCCAUACUCAACUACUGCCACUAGAUUAGCAACUUUUUUUCCAUAUUUUUUCUUCUUAAAUUCCCAUUCCAAUUUUCAAGUAAAUUUCAGGAAGAUUUCCAAGAUUAUUAUUUUAAAGAUUAUAUUGAGUCAAGUAAGUUUUAGCAGGCAAUAACGAUUCUGUGUUGGCAUAUAUGAGACAUUUAAAAGUAAGUUUAUAAAUUUGCAAAAGGAUGUUUGAGCACUAAUGAAACAUUUUACCUAAUUUUUUUUUUUAGGUGCUUUAGUCUCAAAGUUCUGAAAACCCUAUAGCAGUAUUUUUAGAAACAAAUGUGAGAACAGUAAAAUUAAAUAGACAGCAUAUACAAAUGUAAAGUACCUGCCAGACCAACAUUAACAAAAAUAAACUGAACCUUAUAUUUUAUUAUCAUUGCCAAAAUAUAUUAUUAUAAAAUAUGACCAAAAUAUUAAAGAUACACAGUGCUUUUAACUUAAAUGUGCUAACCCAAAUCUCUCUGUUUUUGUGCUAUACCUUUUUGAUUCAGAAUUAUAGAAAACUUGAUAAAUACUUGAUUUUAACCAAGGAGACUGGAGGCAGAUGGGACAGAGUGUUUAAGGGACAAUUAUAUACUAUUUAGCUCAAAUAUAUUUUGUUGAUAGGAACUAUAAGAACAUUUUUAUGUAACAAAAUAUGGACAACUAUUAUCUUGGAAAUUAAAUAAGAAUCAAAUAAAACAAAGAAAUGAAGGGCUGGUAAAAUGAAUUUUGUAAUAUCCUCAGGAUACUUUUAUCUUAAAAGUAUAUUGUUUAAAGAUUUUGUAAAUUAUAUUCAUAAUUUUAAGUGUGUUGAGCAAGUAGCAGUGAAGACACUGUCAUUAUGUAGAGAGUUUAUGUGCACAUAACCUAUACCUAUAAAUUGUGCAAUAACAAUGACUAUUUUCUCAUGGAGAAAUCUGACAGCAUUGCAAACAAUACUAUUGGUUCAUUUAGUUAAUAAGCUUAGUUAAGCUUAAGUUAUUUUUCAGUAAUUUCUUCACAAAUCAAGAUUCAAAAGGCUUUAAACACUUUCAGUGAGGUAGAAAAUUUACUGUUAUUAGAAAAAAGGUCUUGUUGAUGAACAGUAAGCAUUUUAAUUGAGGGUUUAUAUGAAUAACAAAUUACAUAAGCCUAUAUGUAUUUACAUCCAGAGUCAUAAUAUUUUAAACAAUAAUGCAGUGACCUUUUAUUUAAACAUGCUAUUGUUUUAAGUAAUAUUUAUGCCACUUUAGUUAACUUAAUAUGUGACAUUUUAAAAUCAAGAAUUUCUGUAUUUGUAUUUGGUUAAUGUAGAAAGAAUUGAAUAGUUUCCCAGAUGCUGUGUUCUUACUUUUCUGCAGUGUUUUUAAAUUAUUAGGUAAGCACUAUUCGAAAAAGGUAAAAAUAAAAAUAGUUGGAGUGUAUAUUUAAGUAUCAAAUUAUGUACACAUAUGUAAGAUUUUAUCCACAUUAGUGGAGUGGAUACAUCAAAAGAUAUUGUUUAAGUUUUCUGAGAAUGUAGCUUUAUAAUGAUGGAAGAAUUCACAACAUUACAAGUUUUGUUUUCUGAAAUGUAGGAUUUUCCUUGUUUAGAAUAUGGGACAGUCAACUCCAUCCUCCUCCCUUGCUCUCUUGUUGUCUUGCCCAAAUUCAUUUCUUCUUUUCUAUUUCUUUUUUUUUAAAAGUGUGGCAAUUUCUCACACUGGUCUCAACAGUCAGAAUGUAAUACAAAGAUACCCACUUAAAAGGAUUUAAAAACAAUUCUUAUAAAACCUUUCAAUGGUGGUGAUCUUUUUAACAAGCUUGGAAACCCAGAUGGACCAGAGUUUACCAAACAAAAAAUUUAAAUGUCAUAUGGCAGGGGACCACAGUCAAGGUUAAAAGAAAAGACAGACUAGAAGAGUUCUUUGCAUAGUAAUAAGAAAAGUAUUAAUGUCCUUAUAUACAAAGAGAAUUUUAAAAUAAAUUAUUGGAGAAAUACACAAAUAAUUCAUAGAGUAGUCAUUGAAGAAGUCAGGAAGCAUAAAAUAUGUUCUCAAUAACGGCUAAAGGAAUAUAAAAAAACAAUGUAAUAACAUAUUUCAUAUAUCAUUAGUAUGAAAUCAAAACAAUGACAUCAGUUUUGGUGAAGAUGCAAGGAAAUGGGCACACUGAAACACUGCUGGCAGAACUAAACUGCUACAGAGUUACCUAGGUGUGUAUUAGGAUUGAAUUGAAUACACAUGCUUUCACUGAGCUAACUUACUUUGGAGAUUGUCCUAUAAAGGUAAAAGCACCCAGGCACAAAAAUAGUAGUACACAGAUGUUUAUUGAAAUAUCUGUUGGAGCAAAAUGCUGGAAAUCUAAACGUUAAUUUGUGAGUAAAUGGUUGAAUAAAUUGUAGGACAUCUAAUGGAAUAUUCUGUCAACACUAAAGAAUGUUAGAUUUGAACCUUUAUCUGAAAAGAGGUUGGUGAGAAAAAUUGCAAAGUAAAAGUUGUAAUAUUCCAUAUUAUUUCAGGUUUUUUAGUCUUAUAUGUAUGUAGAGGUGUAGAAAUCUGUAUGGAAAAAUACACAGAAAACUUUAACAUGGAAGGAGGUAGUAAUUUUCCAAACUGCUUUAACUCCCACUCAAUAAUGUGAUAUCAAAGAUAGUUGUAUAUGGGGAGGGUGACGGGGGGUAGGGGCUAUAUUUUUAUACCAAAUAGGACGAUGACUUUAGGAGCUGCUGUGUUGAAUGAGGUGGUUUUGUGUCAGGCAUAUUCCUCUUUGAAUUGUUGAGGUAUUUUUAAUGCUCAGUAUUUAAGUAGCAAGGUUAAAAUGUUACCCUUUGGGGUCCUUGGAAAAUGUUGAACAUAGAUUACUUAAAUGUACCCAUCUGUCUUUUAGAAAUGCAUAUAGCUUUUUUGCUUCAGUUAUUUUGAAAGCUAAAUCUGUUUUUGAGUUUUUAUGACUUUUUUCCCAGUGGAAAUGCUUUACUUAUAUACAACUGAUUGUUUGUUUAGUAUAUAGUUAUCAUCUAUGUAGCAAAACUUAAGUAGUACAAUUUAUCAGGCUGGGAUAUCUGUUAAAUAAGAUUUUCAAUCUACUUUCCUCUGACAUGCAAAUCACUCAAAGCUCCAGUAUUCUCAUCCUGUUCACCAGGAUCAGACUUGAGCCCCAAGAGCCCAUCCUAUAAAUCAGGUCCAGGUGUGUAUGUGGCACCUUGAAUGAAGUUCCUUACAUAGAGUACUUCUCAGUCUCUGUGACUACAGUUGGCCUGUGAACUACAGUUGACCCUUGAACUCUGUGGUUUGGGGGAGAUUUGCAACAAUUUGAAAAAUUUCUCUAGCUUGUAAGAAUACAGUAUAUAAUAGAUGUAACAUACAAAAUAAUUGUUAACUGUUUAUGUUAUCAUAAACAGGCUAUUAGUAGUUAAGUUUUGGGGGAGUAGGUUAUAUUUGGAUUUUUGACUGCACGGGGUAGGGGUCAACACUCCUUACCCCUAACGGUGUCACGGUCAACUAUAAUGAGACACACAGUGGUGAGACAGAGAUAGGUAGCUCCCAUUCUAAAAGGGGGAAAGUAAGAGUUACGUAGUAGUCGCUGGUCCAUAGAGAUUCUGAAAUUUAGCUGGACACAUGUCACCAGUGCUUGAGUAAUCCUGCUCCCCAGAAGUUGUUCUUCACGGCUCUUGGCUCCACCAUUUGGGCUGGGUUUUUUUUCUACCUCUGAAUCAUCCUUCCAAGGAAGUGGCCCAUGUUUUUAACUGAAUAGUGUUUUCAGCCUGUUUCCUGGCCAGAGAGGUUUUACAGUUCAGAGGCCUCUCUAUAUUUUGUGCUAUUCCUAUCUAUUACAGUUCAAUCUAAUAAAAUUACUUUUAAAAACU